CGUAGGAAGGCGUGUUCACCAAAGGACAGAGGAGACUCCACAAUGGGAGACAGUUUCUACGAGCAGCUGAUAGAGGACAGUGCCUUCCUCAGAGCUGAUCGGAGACUUGACACGGAGCUGGUGGACAAACUCAUCCUGCAGCUCAACAGAAUCUACCCACAGAUCCUCACAGACAAGGAGGCCACUAAAUUCAGAAACUUGGAUGUGCCUACAAGUGUUCGACUGGGUGAGCUCCUGACACACCUGCAGGGAAAAGGAGAGGAAGCGUGCAGAGAGUUUUACAGAGCUCUUCACUUGCAUGUCGAAGAGGUUUACUACAGUUUACCUACACGGCUACGCCUCAGAGAUCCCUUAGAUCCACUCAUACAUCCUUCUGUGUAUCAACAGAAAUACGUCCUGAAUGACAGAGAUCCCUUCUUCUUCUUGGGCUGUUUCGGCAUUGCGGUGGGAAUGGCUUUACUCUAUUACUACAGUGAGGAUAAAUUGACGGGAGGAAGCCGGGCUCUUGGGAUGGCUGCUCUGGGUCUGAAGAAAAAGGCUCAGGAGGUUCUCAUAUGGUAUACAGAGGAAAGCCUCAUGAAGUAAGAGGAAAGUCAUUCACACCAGGUGCUUUAGCAGAACCGCCUUUUAUCUCUGCUGCCUGCACUAAAGCACAAGACUGUGUAAUGUUGAAUGUUUAUUUUGUACUCAAAUUUUUAUUUACCUUUGCCUGUGGUCUAAUGUGAGAAUGAUGGGAAAAUAGAGCCUCAUUUAGCUCUUAAUUCUCAACAUGGUGACACCUUUUUAAGUGGUUGAAAGAGUCGAAUACAUUCAAUGGUUGAUCACAGUAAAAUUUAAACAAGUUGGUUCAGCAAGCUUCCCCACUAAAAAUCUUAAAAAGGCAGCUUUUAAAGACCGAAACAAACAAGCAAAACAUCCAAUUAUAAAGGUUCAACUUAUAUAUUUACAGCAGAAACCACAACCUCCAAUUUAUCAGUACAUCUUUAAGCCAUAUAAUUAUUUUCCCUUGCUUUUCUCGCUUGCACUUUGGUGCUGUACAGACUCAGGCCAAAAUAUUUUUUACUUUAAUUUUCUUUCAUAGAGUGCUCAUCUACAUUUUAAAGGUGAUGUAGAUAUAAAUAUACCUCUGUCCAGCUACCCCUGAUGUCAGACAUAUAACAGGCCUCAAUGAAUGUACAUCCCAAACAAAAACAAGUCAACCAUAUUGGGCACGAGACAAGUUCUGUCUUUGUAGAACAUUACCGCCCUCUAGUGGUUGAAGGGGAACAAUAUUAUUGCAUGAAAUAUGGCGCAUUUUCGUCUCACAAGUGCCUCCUGAAAUACCGCUGCUCAAAAAUAAGAUACGUAAAAGAGGGAAAAAGAGUAAACAAUUGAACUGGGUACGUGCUGUAAUGAUUUAAACGAGUUUUUCGUGUUGUUUGCGAUCACAUGAUUACUUCAACCAAUGACUCAGUCCUCCCAGCGCGGUGCACUGUGGGUAUUGUGGCUGUCAGACCAAAAACAUGUGAAUGUUGAAUAAAACCUACGGAAAACAAACUGUAGAUGCGUAUUGUAAGUUCAAAUGGAAACGGAUUAUGUCAAAAUAGGGUUGAAGCAUGAGACAGCCUUUAUUGUACCGUGAGUAUAAUUCCGUUCUGGAAUCGCCCGUAUAUUUAGUGACGUUGUCCGUAGUAGAAGUGUGUUGUAUGAAAGGAGAGAAGGUUAGCACUCCCCUUGACAAGGAUGGAAUUGGCCCUCGUGGCCUUCAACACACAUACGGUUAAGGCAUUGCCACCUACUUCGUGGCAUCUCUAACCAUGUUUUUUUUUUUUUUUUUAAAUUAUAUUAUGUGGUGCCUUUCCUUUCUUGUCGUUUAAAUUAUUAUAAUUGAAGACAGGAAGCAUGCCUGAAAACUUUCCCAUGUGUCUGUUGCCAUGGGGCAGGGUGGAAAAUUUUUAUUUCCUGUUGGCUUGCAAUGUUUAGUCCCGUGUCAAAUAUGCAGAGGAUGGCUGAAAAUGUCCAAGUCAACAGUUUUUACUUAACAUGUUUAGCUGAGUAGUUUAAACCCAGAAACUGAAUGAUAUUAAAUAACAAUGUGUGGAUAUUAGUUUGUAUUUACAAUGCUUUCUUGUGUUAAAGCUCAGUUUUUAGUUGGUUAUAAACAUAGAUAGGCUGAAAAUAAAUAGACACUUCUUUAUUUCCUUAAAAAAGCAAAUAAGACCAUUUAUAAAACUUAUUAUUUUAAUACAUUGUUUUCCAUGUUUGAACCCAGCCCUUGACAGUGGUAAGUGUCAGAUGUUAUAAACACCAUCCUUCAGAAAAAGUCAAUUUUCCCUUUCUCUUUUUCUGUAGGUCAUUUAGAAUCACGUGAACCCGAAUGUGCGUUGGGGGGCAGGAAGUGGGGGGCAGCCAUAAGGAAUAAAUGGGAGCGGAGGAAAGUUAGUACUUUAGAGCUCUAAUUGGACCUGUACGCUGCAAUUAUCUUUAGAAAAUGUCUACAUACAUUGAGUAGGAUUCCUACACUUUAAAAAAAUUGAUUUUUCUUUUCUCCAUAGUUUAACUGAUUUACCUGGGGUGGAGGUGAUCAAUGUUGCAAAUUACGUGCAGACCUCCCAGCACUGUCUAGACUGAUGAAGGGAGACAAUUCUACAUGAGUUCUGCACUGAGCUAAAAGGCUAGCUGACAUAUGAAAAAAAUCCACAUUUUCCCACAAACAAGUUUUUAAUUGAAACUGUGAUGUGCUAUCAUCUGAAUAAGCCUUGAGGGAUAAACGACUGAGUGAUGAUGAGCCAUUCACAAACAAGCCUGUCUUAUGAAAGCCUCUUAAUGAGAGCUAAGGUAGCUAGCUUUCUUCCAUCCUCUGUCAUUAUUUAAUCCACAUUUAAAAAGCAAAAAAUUAGGCUUUUUAAAUUCCUGCCUGCUGCUGUUCCACUCUUGAGUUAAAAAAGACUGAAUAUUUAACUUCUUUCAGGACACAAAAGUACUUUAAAAGUUAAGAAUGUUUUAAUUGCGAUCCUUCAAAUGCUUGGCAUAGUCAUAAACAGCUCAAAACAUGGCCUUUCUCUAUGCUGAAAUCACUCCUUGCCCCCCAACAGGAGUUCUCCGCUGUUGUGUGACGUGAUCUGCAAAAAACCCAUAGCAUAUUCUCACUGAAUGUUACAUUUGACUUAAAAUGAAAUAAGGGGAGGUUUUUAUUGAAAAGAAAGAACAAGAUUAACAAACAGAUGAGAGAUACUAUUUUGUCUUCAAGGGGCACUGACACAAACCAGAAUGUCCUCACAGGAGCUUUAACUGUGUGCGCGUAUAGGAUGAAAUUGUUUAAUUUAUUCAAAGAUGGUUUAUAAAACGGCAGACAAAAUUUUCUCAGGCUGUUUGUUGAGAAAUUCCAUAAUAAAUGUACAACACAGAGAAGGGCUCUGAUUACAACACAACUAUGAUAAUGGUGCUUUGUUAAACUGUGUUUCUGUGUGGUUAAACAUCACAUCAGAGUUCAGUGUCUGUCUUUUAAAGCUGAAUUGGUACUGCUUUUGCCCAACAAGUUCAAUGCUAUUCUGUCAUGAAAUUCUGAUAUUUGAUGUUGUUUAUAGUCAGUGAAUGUCCCCUCAUUGAGGUUCAGUGCCUGCCAGUUUGUCACAUACAAUGUCUUGUGUGUAUAAAAUACCUUUAACAUUCAAGUGCCAUCAUUUUUAGGAUGUGGACUUUUGUCUAUGUGCAAUAAAAUGUGCAUGAUGAAAUAAAACAACCAUAAACACA